AUGGUAAGGACCUUGACAGAGCUGUUUACUCCUGGUCGCCGACCUAGGAGACAGCAGCGCGCAACCUCCUCGAGAUCCGAAUGGUAUAGUGUGCCCUGGAGGGGAGUGAAGUUAGGAGUAAGUGCCGAUGCGUACCGAUCUCCCUCAUGCCUGGCAUACCGAUUGUGUCAAUUAACAUCUCAUCCUCUUAUUUUCUUAGGCUUAGUGCAGAACGAGGACUCGGAUGACGAUGAGGAGCCCGAAGAAGAGCCACCGGCAGAUAGUAACCCUUGGCAGCGGACAGGUAGUCUAGUGCUCUCGGAAGCAGAGAUUCAACACUACUGUGACACGACACUUGAGUGUAGGCCGGCCCCCCAAUCUCAGAAUCAGUCUCAAUCUUAUGAUCUGGCAACACAAUGCCCAACGCGGCGCGCUUCAUCCAGGCGACACACUGUUGUGGUUUGUGAGGGCAGGGGAUCACUAAGUGUACCACAAUCUCGCCCGGAAUCGAGGCAAACAGAUUCUCCGACUGAAUCUCUAUCCUGUACGCUUCCUGAGAUGACCUGGUCAAGGACAUCACUUCAAGAUGAUUUAUUGAAAUCGAAACAAUGGCAAGAAGAGUGUCUGUCACUUACCCUCGAAGAAAUUGUUCAUAUUAGGAGUGUUCUGACAAAAGCCGAACUUGAAAGUCUUCCAGUUGAAGGUCGGGUCAAGGAAGAUGCCGAAAGGAGAAAAGUAUGA